AUGCAGGACCUCGACGUCGUGAACGAGUUCAAUCGGGUAUGGCCGUUGUCCGAUCUUCGGCAAGGGUCGCGUGAAGUCCAGGUGGUCCAGGUGGAUCGACAAGUCUACGCAGAGCUGCAGCGUGUGGCACCUGGGAAUCCAGUCUCUGCCUAUGCGUUAGUCUCCUGGUCAGCCUUUGACAAUGCGCUCGAGGCCUCUGGCGGUACUGCUAGUGUCGAAGCCUACGAAGUUCAGUACGCAGUGUCUGGGUCAGGCGUCUGGCAGUCGCUGGGGGAUUCACUGACCGGAUUUCGCGUCGACUUGGGUGCUCAAGCCACGGAACACGUGCCCAAGCAGCUCGUGCAGACGAUGGCGAGUCCAUCAACGAUGGACGCCAUGAAGACAGCGAUCGAGUCUCUGGAGCAGGUCACACAGGUGCAGGUGGAGAGGAAUGCGCUGGACGCUGAUGGAGCGUUCGAGUGGAUCAUUCUCUUUGAUCUCGUGGCGUACGACGGCGAAGAUCCGCUGCCGUUGCUGUCGCUGUAUACAGAGACGGUGUCAGCUCAGUGGACUGGAGACGGAGACCAAGUAGCUGUUCAGUAUCUGCGCAUGGCUCCGAGUUCUCCUGGUCGACAUGGGACGGAAUUCUUCCCCGUCACCAGCUUCCAGGCUCAGCAACAAUGCGACAGUGAGAUCGGCUGGACUACGAUCAGUGAGCGUAUACCGCCGGGGUUUAGUGGCAACAGUGACACCUUUGUAACUGUUGUUGCGUCCUUGGAGCGUCCGCCAGGUUCCACCUGCGAGUUUCGAGUUGCUGCGACGAAUGCCAACGGCCAAGGACCUUUCAGUUUGCCUUCAGCCAAAUUCACAACGUUGCAAACAGCUCCGGGUGCUGUGGCGAACUUACGGGUAGCUCGAGACCCGCUUACUGUGGUCUGGAACACGCCUGAGGUGCUGGGCGGUCAUGCACCGGAAGAGCUAACCUACGAUGUGGAAUACCCGCCACAAACUUCUCGGCUCGAACGUGGACCGCGAUUUGCCCAGGCUGAGCUGGUGGACUGCAGCAGUUCGACUCCGCCAACAUCUCCAAUGACGUCGCUGAAAGGAUACACCACGUACGUCACGCGCGUCAGAGCGGUAGCUGAACGGCAAGCUGGUAGCUUCUCCCAGUCCGCAGAGUUCCUGACAGAUUACACGCUUGAAGACGACUCGAACAGCGACAACGUCAAGAAUUUAACCCUUGGAACACGCCAAGUGUGGGCGGUUCUAACACAGUGGGAGAUGGAAGGGCAAAACCUGGGCGAGCACGGAGCGUUUUGUGUUCUUUCGCUGAUCACGUGGUCUUCAAACGGAGCUUCAAGCGACUUGAGUAACGGCGGAGGAGGCGCCUUUGCACGUGGAGUUUUCCGUGUCAGUGCCGGUGAUGCUGUGGACAUUUUAGUUGGCGGUGGAGGCCUUCAAGACGGUCGUGGUGGGUUCAACGGCGGUGGAAACGGCGGCACAGGCGAUUUCCCAGGCGGCGGAGGCGGUGGCGCGUCUGAAGUGCGCGUGAAUGGACGAACAGCCGUCGUAGCUGCUGGAGGUGGCGGUGCGGGCUCGACGGAUUACUGUUGUGCCCAUGGAGGAGGCGGCGGUGGCUUGGAUGAAGCAGAGUCUGGUCUUGCACCGGAUGCAACAUCCGGUGCAGCGAUCCCACUCGACUCACGUGUGACUGGACAAGCAGCUAGAGACGAAUAUCAUUCCUCGAAUGUACCGGGAGACACGAGAGACUUCGAGGGACUCCCAGCGAGACAUGGACACCUCGACUGGGGCUUUGCUGCGAGUAGUGCAGACUACUCCGUUCUAGCAACUGGAGGCACAGGCGCCACGCCAACAACGGCAGGUGUGGCGGGGACUGCAGGUUCCUAUCGCUAUUCUCUUGAAGGCACGUGUCUGUUGAACCCGCAGACAUCUCUGGUGGACGUCGCCGUGUCUCCGUUGACAGCAUCGCAUUGGCCUUCGAAUGGUCGAAAUGGAAGUGGCGGGAGUGGACAGAGUGGCAAACAAGCGGGUGGAGGCGGAGGUGGAGGGUUUUUCGGUGGCGGAGGAGGAGGCGCAGGUGUUGACGGAGCUGGAGGCGGUGGAGGCAGCAGCUUCGUCUCCUUUAGAGACCUGUUUAAUUUGUUCAAAUCUGGGAUUAGUGACGCUAGUCUGCGAGCACGAGUGAGUGACGAGACCGUAGACAAGCUCCGAGUGACUCCACUGACAUCCUCGAGCGUCAAAGUGAGCUGGAAAGCUCCUCGUUUUGGCUUCUCCCAGCUCGUGGAAGGAUUCGUGAUCGAGAUGGCCAAUCGCUCCGUCAAUGAGGACUUUCGUCUUGUACGUUUGGUCACUCUUCCGGCCACUGAUGUCACGGAGAAGAGCGGUACUCUCACCCUCCACGGUCUUACGCCGACGGCUGCGUACCGCUUUCGAGUGAAAGCUUUGCUGCUCGAUGGACGUGGCACUUUCAGUGAUGUCGUUACGCUGCGUAUGCCUACGAAGCCGAGGAAUACGUGGAGACGUUGCGUCACUCGAACUGUAGACGAGGAGAACACGAGAGCAGGAAUGCGCGUCACCAACACUCCUCCCUUGCAGCGAUUUCCGUCUGCUAGACGAGGACAUUCCCUCUCAUUGCUGGACAAUUUUCUGUACAUCUUUGGAGGAAUGGCGAAGAGCUACGAGUGCAGCCGAUCACACAAAGUGCCGUGUUUAUUACAGCCGAGUCCACGAUCAGUGUCCAACGAUUUCUGGCGAUAUGAUCUGCGCACGGAGACGUGGUGGUCUGUGCCUCCGCCAGCGUUGGUACCUUCUCCAAGAGAGAAACACUCGAUGGCAGUGGUGAAUGACCGCUUGAUUCUGUUCGGAGGACGGCAGAACGACGUGUCGGACGCAAAUGACGCCUCGACGUGGGGACCUCGAGCCCUGAAUGAUCUGUGGGAGCUGUCAGUCUCCUCCAGUACAGCGAAACAGACGUCAGUGUCGCUGGAUUCUCGUCAGCCAUCGGCUUUGUCUAUUCCGGAUGGAGGACAAGUCUUUGCGCUUGGGAGGAAGAGUGGUAGUGCUGGUGGAGAGCAACUCUGCGUUGUCAACGUGUCUUUCGUGUCGACGUCUAGUCUCGAAGCGCUCUCGGUCUUCCAUCAGCUGCCUGUUGCCGGGAACUGGACGCUUGAGUUGACUGACACUGCAGCGGACGGCUUUGUCGGGACCCUGGACUCGUGGGACGUCACUUUCGACGUUGCGCCUUGCGUUCCUGCCUUCACGUGGACGAAUCUGUCGCCCAUAGCAACGGGAACGGCCCCGACCGCGCGGCCACAUUUGGCGCGGAUGGGCUAUCCAGUGAGUUGUUAUCAAUUGAGUGGCAUGCAUCCAGUCACUCACGUGAAGGUCGUGCGCAGCUCCAACAAGUUCAAGGCCUACAAGAAGCUCGAGCCCAGCUUGUCCCGGCGGGCAUCUGGCACCGGGUCCGACUACUUGAUUGCUGUCGAGACUCCAGACGAUAUUCAUAUUCAUGUGUCUACACUGUCCUGA